AUGUUGUUUGAUAAUGAAAAGCCAUCGACGUCGAGUUCAAUGUCGAUAAGAAAUCGACGGCAUAUUCAACCACCGUCACCAAAAGGAGUUAAACCGGCUGGAUAUUGGUUCAAACAACGUGGUUAUACAGAUCCAGACUUAGAUCGUCGAACAGUAACAACAACUGGUCAAAUGCUGCAUCAAAUUAUUGAUCCUCGACCAACACCAGUUGCUUUGUUAGAUAAUUUACCGCCUACACCACCACCUCAUUCACAAGUUGCUGCUUUGAAACGACGAGAAACCUAUACUAAUCGUUUAUCAGAACAUGACAAUCGAAAUAUCAUACAAAAUUAUGGAGAAUAUUUUGGACGAGGUUUUGGUAAACGUUUAAUGCCUCAAACUGCAAGACAAGAUAAUGGUUGGCUUCUUUCUCAUGAUCCACUUCCCGUUCAUCCAGACCGAAGUGUAACACGACGUGAUUAUCGUGGUUUACCUGCAUUUAAUAAUCCACCAUUAUCUUCAUCAAUAUUAACAUCAACUCAUAAAAAAUCAAGUGGUAAUUGGAUGACAACUUGUUAUAACGAUUGGGAACGAAAUAUAGAACGUGUACCAAGUCGAUUGAUUUAUCAAGAUGAUUCAAAACGAAUACCGAUUUAUCCAUGGCACUACUAA